AUGCCAGGAAUUAAUAAACCAAACCAUGAAAAAAAAAUGAAACAAGCAUGUGACGAAUGCCACAAACGUCGAGUCCGUUGUGCUUACGACUCACAUAGACGCCAAUGCCACAGCUGCGAACGGUUAGGAGUGUCGUGUGCGUUUCUUAGAGUGCCUUUAAAACGUGGUCCAAACACGGGCAGUCGUAAAGAUAGACGUGGAUUGGUCUAUAGGGUCAGCUCCCCACCGUCACCACGUGAAAGUAGACGUUCUUCCACUAGUAGUACCGGCAGUGAACGUUCUAGUAGUAAUAAUAAUACCAACAGUGAAUGUUCCUCUUCCAACGAUAAAGAUUACAAAAUCAUGACAUUGCUAACUAAAUUAUACCAAUCCCAAUUCAAUAACGAAUGGAUUCCAUUAUUACCAUUCCCACAAGAAGAAAUCUCGAAUAUGUUAACCAAUAGUACCAAUGUAGAAUUACAUAACUUAUUCUAUCACGCUUUGAAAUUGUCAAUGGGUGAACUUGUAGAAGAUGCUCAUAUGACGUUGUCUCGUAUGACUACCAUGGUUCCAAUCUCAUCCCUCAUGGGUAAUAAUGAUGAUAUCACUUUAUACAUCUGUUCAUUGUUAUUAGCACAAGCAUUGAAACCAAACCGUAUUUUGUUAGCUAUGAGUAUAGGUAUAUGGCAUGAAUUGCAACAAAGUUUAGCACCACAUGUGUCUCAUCGUCUUGAAAUGGCUUUGAAUAUCGUGGAUCUGUUACUAUGUCCCGCAGACACCUCUUUAACGAAUCGUUCCAUCAAGGGGUUCACUCAACAAUAUUUCUCAUCAAUCGAUAAACAAACUACUCAAAGGUUACAGUUCUUCGAAUCACUACGAGAAUCUCAAUCAAAUUCUCAACAACCACUGGAAAUGACUACAUCUACUACUGGUAACACUUCAUUAUGUAACAGAUACAUGUCCUUAGUCUCACACAAACAUCAACUCAUCGAACAAUUGCAACGUAACAUCGACGUGAUUCCAUUAUUGACAAACAUCUUACAAGAGAUCAAACAAAUGCUACAACAUAUUAUCUCGAACAACACUGUUGCCAAUCAAAGAUGGUUUGUAUGGGCAGCCAUUGAGGAAGCUCGCCGUGAUGUUCAAGCAUUACGUGACAUGCCUGCACACUUAUUAAGAGGAUUGAUGACAAUAACCUCGAACAAUACACACACCGGAGCUACAGACACUCAAAUCUUACAAGUCACACAAGCCAUGAACGAUCUAGUCGAAUGUACUGGCCUAUUAGGCGGGUUGAUUGGACGUAACGUCUUCCCACCAACGACCACUCUAGCCUCUACAACUACAACUACAAGCAUACCUAUCGCCUCGACCCCCGUUGCAAAUACAGUUGCUACAACUACAAGUCCUCGUUCAAGUGUUCUGGAGAUCAACCACAUUAUCAACCACGACAGGUCGUUGCCACAACUUGUCGUGCGUCAAUUGUCCAACCGUUGUGCCUAA